AUGGGGGUGCUGCGGAGCACGCAGAGCAUGGAGGCGGAGGUGGAGGAGCUGCGGGCCGCGCUGCUGCUCGGCCCCGGCCCCGGCGGCGCGCGCGCGGGCGCGUGGCGGAGGCCGGGCACCGGCGCCGGCGGCGCGGCGCUCAAGAGGGCCGCCGCCGCGGAGGAGGGCGCCGCCGAGCCCCGCGCCGUCUGCGUCACGGGGGGCAUCUCCUUCCUCGGCCUCGCCGUCGUCGACCGCCUCCUCCGCCACGGCUACACAGUCCGCCUCGCCCUCGAGACGCAAGAGGAUCUGGAUAAGCUACGGGAGAUGGAAAUGUUCAGCGAGAAUGGCAGGGAUGGGGUUUGGACUGUGAUGGCAAAUGUCAUGGACCCCGAGAGUUUGCACCGAGCUUUCAAUGGCUGUAUUGGUGUGUUUCAUACCUCAUCGCUGGUGGAUCCAGGGGGCAUCUCUGGCUACACGAAGCACAUGGCGACUCUGGAAGCCAGAGCGGCAGAGCAGGUGGUGGAAGCGUGCGUGAGGGCGGAGUCCGUGAGGAAGUGCGUGUUCACCUCGUCGCUGCUGGCCUGCGUGUGGAGGCAGAACAGCCCCCACCACCACCGCGGGUUCCCCACAACUAUCGACGAGAGCUGCUGGAGCGACGAGACCUUCUGUCGCGACAACAAGCUUUGGUGUGCGCUGGGCAAGACGAUGGCGGAGAAGGCGGCGUGGCGGGCGGCGCGGGGCAGGGACCUGAAGCUCGUGACGGUGUGCCCGGCGUUGGUGACCGGGCCAGGGUUCCGCCGGCGGAACUCCACCCCAUCCAUCGCCUACCUCAAAGGAGCGCACGCGAUGCUAGCGGAGGGCGUGCUGGCGACGGCGGACGUGGAGUGGGUGGCGGAGGCGCACGUGCGCGUGUACGAGGCGAUGAGCGGCACCGCCGGCGGGCGGUACAUCUGCUACGACCACGUCGUGCGGCGCGCCGAGGAGUUCGCGGAGCUGGAGCGCCAGCUGGGGCUCCGGCCCAGGGGCACGUCGCCGGCCCACAGCGACCGGGCGGCGCCGUCGUCCGAGCUCUGCAACCGGAAGCUGGCGCGGCUCGUGUCUUCCCGGAGGCGGUGCACCCACGACGCCUACCUCCCCGUUGCGUACGACUAGGAAAAAAAAAGGAUGAUCGUGGCGGGAGGAGGAGGUGUGGAGUUGGCGUUGUACAGAGUUGUGCCAAGUCUAAUAAAGCUGAGCUUAGAAAGGUCU